AUGCUGUUGGAAGCGUGUUUAGGCGGUGAAUUAUGGACUAUAUUACGUGAUAGUCAUCAUCUUGAAGAGCGUACAGCAAGAUUUUGUAUGGCAUGUUGUAUUGAAGCGCUAGAUUAUCUACAUCGUCAUGGAAUUGUAUAUCGUGAUUUAAAACCAGAGAAUAUGCUUGUCACAGCAAAAGGUUAUAUAAAAUUGUGUGAUUUUGGAUUUGCAAAAUAUAUUGGAAUUGGUCAAAAAACAUGGACUUUCUGUGGUACACCAGAAUAUGUUGCACCAGAAGUUAUUCUUAAUCAAGGACAUGAUUUUGCUGCAGACUAUUGGUCAUUGGGUAUUUUAACAUUUGAAUUAUUAACUGGAGCACCUCCAUUUCAAGCUUCUGAACCAAUUAAAAUCUAUAUGAAAACUUUAAAGGGUAUUGAUGCUUUAGGCUUAGCACAGAAUAAAUAUAUCAGUUUAAAAGCAUUACAAUUUAUUCGACGAUUAUGUCGAUUUAAUCCCUCUGAAAGACUUGGUGUCGGUAAAUAUGGCAUACAAGAGAUACGUAGUCAUAAAUAUUUUCAAGGUUUCGAUUGGGCUGGUAUAGUAAAACAAACAUUGGCCACUCCAUUCAAAGUUAAGUUGAAUGGCCCAUUGGAUCAUUCAAAUUUUGAUCGUUUCACAAUGGAUGAACAAGAAGCACCAGAUGAAUUAUCAGGAUGGGAUGCAAACUUUUAG